GGCGUGGGUUGCAGUAUUUCUCUCGGCACAUUGUUCGAAAACGUUGGCGAAAGCUCAUUGGGAAGAACGGGUUAAAUGCAGGUUAACCGGUGAGGGGUUGAAAAGCACUAACAAAACGGUCUACAGGGAAAGAAGACAAAAAGAGCAAGAAGGAAGAGUUUGUUUAUCUAUUUAUUAUAAUUUUUGACGAUCCCCUGAUCAGUAUUGGAUUAUUUCAUCUCUGGCUUCGCGAGCUUCUGCUUGGACUGCAUCGUUUUCCACAGCUGGAGAAGCUUGCUGGCCGGGCUUAGAGAAUGACCGAGUACAAGCUGGUGGUGGUGGGAGCUGGUGGCGUUGGGAAGAGCGCUUUGACCAUCCAGCUGAUACAGAACCAUUUUGUGGACGAAUACGACCCAACGAUAGAGGAUUCUUAUAGAAAACAAGUAGUAAUCGAUGGGGAGACGUGCUUGUUAGACAUUUUGGACACUGCGGGUCAAGAGGAGUACAGCGCAAUGCGAGAUCAGUACAUGAGAACUGGAGAGGGCUUCCUGUGUGUCUUUGCCAUCAAUAACACCAAAUCAUUUGAGGACAUUCAUCAGUACAGGGAACAAAUAAAAAGAGUGAAAGACUCAGACGACGUUCCCAUGGUUCUUGUGGGAAACAAAUGUGACCUGCCGGCGCGGACUGUGGACACGAGACAAGCUCAAGAGCUUGCAAGGAGCUACGGCAUCCCGUAUAUAGAAACCUCAGCCAAGACCAGACAGGGAGUAGAGGAUGCCUUCUACACUUUGGUGCGGGAAAUCCGGCAGCAUAAACUCCGAAAGCUGAACCCUCCAGAUGAAAGCGGACAGGACUGCAUCAGCUGUAAAUGUGUCAUUUCGUGACCAUGACAGUCCAAGGCUGGAUUUUCCAAGAAAAGCGGACAGGACCGACUAGAAGCCAAGAAGAGAUUGCGACCUCAUCCACGAAGAGGAGGAGGAGGAGGAGAAGGAAGUCGAGAAAGACUUUAUGUUGAGUGGCAGCUUCCCGUCACGUGUAAAAACGGGAGUCGAUUUUUCUAUUUUUGUCUGCCACUUUCUCCCCAACUGUAUAAACUGUAUAAAGCUGUAGAUCUGGAAUCGCAGUUAACUUAUUUUAUUGUCUCAACACUGGCGUUUAACCGGCGCUCGUGUGCUGGAUCGGAAUGCCUUACUCGCCGUUACGACGCAAAGGAGUCUUCACGCAGUCCACCAGGAGUCUUCAACAGGUCGCUCUGGAAAGGCCGCCCACCCGCCUGCCGUCUCCUUCCCUGACGUCCUGUAACGACGUCGGCUGCAGUGGCUUGUUUGCUGAGGGGUUUAACCGAGGGAGCAAAUGUCUUGCUUUGUCUGUUUCUUAGUGUAGCGCCUUGCUUUUUAAAGGGUGUGAGGACGGAAGAACUCCAAUGUACUUUUCUGCAAGGCAAAUAAAUACAAUCUGUUAACUGUU